GCUGUGGAACGUGCCAGCCCCUGUCUCCCUUUUCCCUUUUCUCCUCCCCUCCCCGUCUCUGUCCUCUGCGCCCACCCGCCCGCCUCCGAGAGACAAUGGCCGCCGAGCCCGCAGCGAUCGCCGAGCUCGCCCCAGCCGACAAGGAAGAAGAGGCACCUGCCCCGUCCACAUCUACAGAGAAAACGGAUAGUCUGGAUGUGGAUAGUGAAUCUAAGAAGCUACUGGGCUUGGGGCAGAAACAUCUGGUAAUGGGAGACAUUCCAGCAGCUGUCAAUGCAUUCCAGGAAGCAGCUAGUCUCUUGGGUAAGAAGUAUGGAGAGACAGCUAAUGAGUGUGGAGAAGCCUUCUUUUACUAUGGGAAAUCUCUUCUGGAGUUAGCAAGAAUGGAGAAUGGGGUGUUAGGAAAUGCCCUGGAUGGAGUCCCAGUGGAUGAAGAUGGAGAGAAAGCAGAAGAUGAAUCUAUGGUAGAGAGUUCUGAUAACGUAGAUGAGGAAGCAAGGGACGUGUUGAGAGAACAGGUCUAUGAUGCCAUGAAGGAGCAGGCAGCACAGAAAGCCAAGGCUGAGGCUUCUCAGGAGAAGGCCCAGGAAAGCCCUUCGGAGGGGACCGAGAGCACAGGAGCUGAUGUAGAGAUGGUGGAGGACAAAAGCCGGGCGGAAGCAACCCCAGGAAGCCCUGAGAAGGCCCCAAGCCUAACCGAAGAGCCCGAAGCAGCAGCCACUUCAGAGGAGCCGCCAGCAGAGACAGAAGCUCCGACUGCUGCCCACCAAGAUGGAAAGCCAGAGGAAGAGGAGACCAGAGCAGAAACAGUAGUUGAGGAGAAACAGGGAGAAGUAGUUAUAAGAACAGAGGAAGGGCCCAGAGAGGCUCCUGAAGAGCAGCCAGCCCCAGCCUCAGCCCCAGAAGAGCAGGGAGCUGAAGCCAGAGUAGAAGGCGAGGCAGCAGAUGGGGGAGGAGGGGAAGGGGGGGAGAUGGAGGCAGUAGCAGCAGUAUCACCUGAAGCCAAGAAAGGAGAGGCGGAAGCGGUCGUUGCCGAAGAGGAACCAGCAGAGGCUUCAGGGGAGGCCCAAAUGACAGCAGCACCUAUGGAGGCCCAGGCAGAAGUUCCAAGUGAGGAGAAGGCUGAGGAGCAGCCAGCAGCAGCCGCCCAUGCCGAGGGCCAGGCUAGUGGUGUGGUUUCUGAGCCAGGCGAGCAGGUCCCUGUAGAAGAGCAGGCUGCCCAGGAGCUCCCAGACACGAAAGAGAACCCCGCUCCCGAGGCGGGGCUUCUGGCAGAGGCAGCCUCUGUCCAAGAGGGGCCCAAGAGCCCUCCAGAAGAUUCUAAGGCAGCCGGAGAUGGGCCUGAGAUGGGCUCUGGGGGCCAGGUGGCUGGAGAAACACCCUCUGAAGAAAAAGAUUCAGUAGCUGCUGCUGUAGAACAAGAAGAAAAAGAUGAGCUGAUGAAGGAGAAGUGGUUUGCUGGGGUAUGUGGCCGUCGUGCAUGCUACAGCUUCUCAGAGCCACAGGGGCCGCGCCGGGGAGGGGCGCUUUGUCUGCGCUCCGGCUCGGGCUCGGGCUCGGGCUCCGGCUCUGGCUCCAGCUCCGGCUCCGGCUCCAGCUCCAGCUCCAGCUCCAGCUCCCGACUGCCGCCACCACCGCCGCCUCUAGACCGGGAGGGCCCGGCUGGCCCCUGCGGAGCCCCCGAGAGCCCCCUGCUCGAGGAUAUCACCGGCUUCUCACCUUCCUGGGGCCCCCACAUUCCUAACCUGUCCCUCACCCCUCCUGACCCCCUGCUCCAGAACCCCAGCAUCCUCACCAUCCCCUCCCCCAAGAACGGGGCCAGGCUGGGGGAGACAUGA